AUGAUUACUCUUAAUUCAGCAUUCAACCUUUAUAACAAGCAGCUUUUGACAAAAUUGACUAAUAAACUACAAAAUUAUUACAAUGUGGCGAUUAUUCACUCUAAUGUGGAUCCUAAUUGUGACUCAGAUAUGAAUUGCCCUUACUUUAUAAGAUUUGUGGAAAAUAAAUAGUUGAAAAAACUCACCCUCGAUAUUAGUGAUACCAGGAUGAAGGUUUCUAUUCAAGAUCAGGGAAUAUAAUUAACCAAAGAUUUUGAAUAAAUCUUUUUUAGAGUUCUAGAAUAAGGGGGUAAGAUAAUUGGCCAUUAUGAUAGUUAGAGUAGAAAAACAAUCAGUAAUGUUAAACUGAUUCACAUCACUCAUCAUUUGAUGCUUGACAAUAAGUUGAAUUUGGGCAAGUAUGAUUCUCAAAUCUUACAGAAAAUUAUUGAAAAUCAUGCAGAGGAGCUUUUAGUAAGGAUUUAUGGAGAUUUGUUCCCUCAGCCUGAUUUUGUAUUUACUUCUAGACCAUUCUCUAUUUAGUAAUUCUCAAAAGCAGUUAUUUAAAAUGAAGACUAAUAUACUAUUAAGUCAGAGUAAAUUCUAGAGCAUUUUUCCAAGAAUUAAGAAUAUCAUCAGAUCCCUUAAUAUUCAAUCCAUAAAAGUGAUAAGAAUAAGUAUCUAAAAAUUCAUCUUUUUGACAGUUAACUGCUUAAUAUGGACUUAAAAUUAUCUAAGGAUAAAAGUGCAGGGGAAUAAUUUGAAUAUGUACUUUCAAUUACUGAUGAUUACAGCUUAGCAGUGGUCAAUACAUCUUCUGAAAAUAAAGAUUAAGUUACUUAAAAAAUCAGAACUAUACUAAUAAAUGCUAUUUAAAAAGCUCUAACAAUUGACACUUUCAAUGACCUCAUUAAUUUAGCUAAAAAGAAGAAAAUUUAAUUAAAUUUUUAAGAUAAUAGUUAAUUGAUUACUCGAGAUUAUUAAUUGCAAGUAUUUUAGAGAAAUUAAAUAGUUUUUGACAAAGUUUAAGACAUAAAAGAUUUUAUAUCAAUUAUCGAGGUUCUCAAACUGAAUGAACUUGAAAAAAAUAAAUUGAUUUUUAAUAACUAAUCUGUUUUUGAACUAGUAAAUGAAAUAUACAAAAGUUUGUCAAAAGAAUAAGGAGACAAUUUAACUAUGAAUGAUGAAUAUAUAAAAAAUGCUCUUGGGGUAUUAUACCAAACAAAAGAGAUUAACCCACCCUAUUACUUCUCACUAUCAUUCUCCAUUGGAGUAUAUUUGCCUUUACUUUCACCGUUAAUAUUCCCACCCUUGCUAACAUUAUUUUAAUACAUAAAGGCAAAAUAUAUAGGGAAAAAUGUUCAAAAGAAAAUAAAGAAUGAAUGA